AUUCACCAUUUUCUCCCUCCCAACUCGACACACCAACCACUGCUGAAUCGCCGCCCUUCCACCCUACCGAGACUACGGCGUGCACAGCCACCUGCGUACUGUCGAGAAUCAAUUUGAAUGAACACACAGUCGCAUUUGUAGUCGCUCUUCGCCCCCCUUACCCGGUCGUUUACUCGAUUCUGUGUCCGAUCGCGUCCGUCGUCCAUUGCGCCCUCGAUCGAUCGCUACAAGUCUCUGGGAGGAAGAGAGACAAAACUGCAGAUACGCAGACACAAAUUACCAUGAGCACGGAGUCGACGACGGCGGAUGCGCCUCUGAUUAACCACAACCCCACGCUUCUAUCAUACUAUGGAUCCCUCGAGUCUCGCAUUGGAUACCGCCUGGUGCUCGGAGGCACUCGACAUUUUGGAUACUGGGAAAAAGACACGCGAUGGCCGUUCCCUAUUCGUCGGGCUCUCCGCAAGAUGGAGAAGAAGAUGCAUACCCGUCUAGACCUACCUCCCGGGUCGCAAGUCAUCGAUGCCGGGUGCGGCGUGGGCCACGUCGCCCUGUUCAUGGCCAACAAGGGCUUACGCGUCACCGCCUUUGACUUCACCCCACACCACGUCGAGAAGGCGCGUCGCAAUGUGCAGCGAUCAGGCUUGCCCAAGGGCCAGGUCACGGUGUCGCGCAUGGACUACCACCACCUCGAGUCCAUUCCAGACGAGUCCCACGACGGCGUGUACACCAUGGAGACGUUCGUCCACGCUACAGACCCGGCCGCCGUGCUGGCUGGUUUCUACCGCGUGACACGCCCCGGUGGCCGCAUCGCCAUGUUCGAAUACGACCACGAGUACGAGUCGGAGGAAGUCCUGGGACACCUGGCCCGUCCCAUGCACCAGGUCAACGAGUUGGCCGCCAUGCCCAUGAACAUGGUUUCUAAGAAGGGCUACUUCAAACAGCUGCUCGAAGAGGCUGGCUUUCGCGACGUCGUCGUCGAGGAUUAUUCGGAGAACGUGCGACCUAUGCUGCGGCUCUUCUGGGCUUUGGCCAUCGUCCCCUAUUUCUUCGUCAAACUGUUCCAUCUCGAGCCCUAUUUUAUUAAUACUGUGGCUGGUGCACGAGGACUGGAGGGCCAAAAGUACUGGCGCUACGUUGCCAUCACCGCGACAAAGCCGGGGCCGGAGGUCGAACCCCCGAAAACCAAGUGAUCAGCCAUAUCAUCUGUACUACAUGUAUUACAUCGAUCCUCUGAGGUUGGAUGUGGAUACUUCGAAGUUUUUAGAAUACCAGCUGAAGGGCAAACACUAGAUACUUCCUUAAUGUCAUCUGAUUUCCC